AUGGACAAUGAUCACAAACACUCUCGGGAGAUUCGGCAAAAAUCUACAACAUGGAAGGCAAAAGUUGGAUCAAUAGGACACUCGUGUCAGAAAAAGAAGUCCUUGAAACGAACUCAAUCGAGUGCCAAAAAGGCAGCCACUCCCAUCGAUUCUUGUCUUACACAGGGGGAUAAUGACGAACUCGAAAAUCAAUGCGGCACAAUAUUUCAUCCAUUUUCAAGACUUCCCAUUGAGCUACGUCUAAAAAUAUGGAAAAUGAGCUGGGAAAGUCGCAAUAUUGGAAUCGUCACGAGGAUUGAUUACGUUCCAACCGGACAUGGGACCGUAACUGACGUCAAGAGACUCGCGUCACCACCCCCUACGAUGUCAGUCAAUCGAGAAAGUCGAGCAGAAACGCUACUGCACUAUAAGCCCUUGAAUCUCGCGCCGUUAGCCCUUGGACAUUUAGUUUCACAAUUCUAUUUCAAUUAUGAGCUCGAUACCCUGGCUGUUUAUAUGGUUGGUGUCACUAAGUGGUACGGUUCCAAGCUUUAUCCAACCCAUGCAGGAAUUACAAGAAACUUCUUCAAUACGGCAGCUGCAUUGCGAAAUAUCAGAUCUUUACUUGUGAUUCCAUAUGGGGUGUAUGGCUACUAUCAGGUGGUUUUAUCUGAACAUCACGAAGUCCACACCAACCAUGCUUCUGCUCACUCUUACCUAUAUGAAUUGAUUCUUCUAGCCGAUUCAUUUCUCGAGGGAAUCACUUACAAUUCGCCGAAUCGUCAGAGUAAAUUGAUUCCCUUUGGUUAUACACCACUCAUACCCGGCCAUUUAAACCCCGUUGGACAGCAAUUUGCUCAACAUAUCCUCGUUGACCCCAGUUCUUGGGAAGAUACCAAGAGUAGUUCUUAUGGAAUGUUCCGGUUACCGGGAGGUCAAGGGAUGUUCAAUUGGAAAUCAUGGCUCAUCAAGAAGUUUAGAUUGAAGCUUCGGUAG